CAUAUAGUUUCUGUUAAGUGCAACACUAUCGCUCCAAUAUGGCAAGCCCUCCUACAUCAGCAGCAACAGUAGAAAACAGUGCACCGGCUAAUAUGAGCACGAUCAGUGUGAUAUUCUGCUCUCCGAUCAUCAUUUGUUCCCCUCAAUUCCUUGGCCCCUCAAUUGAAUGCACCAACGGACAACUUUGUGAUUCAGAGGAUCGAAAUCGAGAGCAUCAACCGAUCAGCUCACCGAAUCAACAUCAAAGAUCACUUCACUCGAUCAAUAAUGAGCGACACGGAUACUCUAGAAUGGCAUCUUCUUCAACGACCUUUGAAGACAGUAUGACCGAGAUUAUUAUGGACGAUGUUCCCAGUGAUAAUGAACCAACUUCGGCUAUCCUUGACUAUUGCAAAAGGAAGUUUCUUCGCCCUUAUAUGACAAUACUCGCGCUAGUUGGGUUAAAUCCGAUCUCAACAGAAACCACGCAAUUGAAAGCUUGUUUGAGCUAUCUUCAAGCUAUGAUUAUUAUGGUCAUCAUAUGUUUUGGAUACUUUCUUCAAUUUUUAGCUUCAUACAGAGGUGAUCGAGGUUUCACAAAUGACAGAAAAGAAGCUUCAAAUCUUACGAGCUUCCAUUUGAUGAGCCUUCAUAAUUGGGGCGAAAUAGUGUUCGGUUAUAUCAUACCGAAUGCACUGCAUCUUAUUGGAUUUGUAACGGCAAUUUUUGUAUGUAAGGUCAUCGAUAACGAGCAAUUGCAGAAUCUGAUUGAGCGAGUUUUUUUGAUGUCAAUGAAACCCAAACGACUAUGUACGAUUCUUUGGGUUUAUGUCGGACUGGGAUUGGGUUUUCUGACGCUUCUCUUGGCAUACGUCAUACCUUCGGUGUUGAUGCAGAUGCAGAUUGUACAAGUUGAUUGGAUGCCAGUGGAACUAGUACCAUAUGAAAUGCCAAUAAAGCUUACUCUUCUGUGUACAAUUUUCACUCAGGAUCUUGUGGAAAUAGUCAUCUUGACAAGUUACAGCAUAGAGUGUUAUUUACUGAUGGUCCAUUUGCAGACGCUUUCUCAAAAGCUUCUUAUGCAUUCCAUAGAGAGCCUGGAUUGGAUGAGGGAAGUUUUGGAAUUUCGAAAACUAUUGGAUCAUCUUAACAACAAGUUAUCUCUACCGGUCUGCUUCUUUACUGUUAUGAAUCUAUCUAACGCCUUAGCAGGAAUGAUAUUUCUCUUCAAGGACUUUGAUUUUCAAUACACCGAAUUGAAGGUGGUCAUUUUGAAUAUCGCAAACGUCCUCCUUUGGCUGCUAAUGGGUCUUAUGCCGUUCUUCACAGCAUCAUCUGUUACACGUGUUUGUCAAUUGGCACAAGCUAAUGGCCAUCACAUUCGCAUUCGACCCUUUGUCUAUCGCAAUACUUCAGCUGAUGAUCUCAAUUCUACGCUACUUUUUGCAUCAUCAUUGAAUAUGUCCGCGAAAUUGUUCCGCAUGCCAAUUCAGCAAAACUAUCUUUGUUUCGCCAUCUUAAUAAUAUCCAUUGUGACUCUCACACUGGGAAUGUGCCUUAAUUUUUCGAUGGGAAUUUUCUAGAAAAAUGUCGUCGUCAAAUGUGCUGUUAUGUAGUGUGUGUUAUUUAUACGGUGUGUUAAUAAAAAUCUCUGUCUUUUGUUUUCCACUAGAAAA